AUGGGCGGAAGCGGAAAACGGAUGAGGAUGUACGCCGAAUUGUUUGCUAAGGAUACUGGCCUGCAAUUGUCCGGCAAUCUGAGCAAAAGCGAUCGAUAUGUGAUGUACAAAACAGGUCAAGUGCUUUGGGUUAAUCACGGCAUCGGCGUGCCAUCACUAAGCAUUGUGCUCGUGGAACUGAUCAAACUGUUGCACUAUGCGAAAGCUCGCGAUGUGGUUGCGAUUAGAAUGGGCACUUCCGGUGGCCUAGGCGUACAGCCCGGCACAUUGCUCAUUUCAAGUGGAUGCCUCAAUGGUGAACUACUGGAAGGCUAUACGCAGUGGAUCAUGGGCAAAAAGGCUUCUGUUCUUGAUGCAGCGGUGAGAAAGCAAUUACAUCGUGUUGCUGAAGAGUUGAAAUUAGCUGCUGAAGUUGGAAAAACUUUUUGUGCGGACGACUUUUAUGAAGGGCAAGCGAGAAUGGACGGAGCAUUUUGCGAAUACACAGCAGAACAGAAGACAGCAUUCCUCAGUAAAUUAUACGACAUGGGAGUAAGAAACCUCGAAAUGGAAUCGACAUGUUUUGUAGCAAUGUCAAAUCGCGCCAAUAUUCGA